AUGCGUUUCGCGCUUUUGCAUUCGCUGCUUGUGGCGAAUAUUGCGGUUGCGAGUGUCUGUAAACCUCGUCAGUCGGGUGGAUCAAGCACUGCUGCGACCGCUGAGAUUGAGACUUCGACUACAGCUUCUGUCGAGGUUUCCACCGGCUUCGCGACGUCGACAGUGGAAGAUGUAACUACGACCAACGCCGCAACGACCGUUGAAACCAGCACCGAAACCGCUGCUUCAACACUCACAAUCGCUGAAACAACAACAAGCGACAUCGCUGGACCCCUCGUAACCUUUGUUCUCGCCGCCAAAGUCGAAGGCACCGUCAGCGAAGAGCUCUCAGGCGCAGACCGAGACGGCUCGGCAGUAGUAUGGUCAACACCCCGAUUCAUCGCCAGCGGUCCAUUAAUCAUCUCCAUCGACUCCACGAUGAGUUACCUCCAAACAAGCGGUGGAUUCUACCUCUGUGUUGCAUACGGAGAUGGAACUUCACCCAACGGUGUUAAGCUUUGCAGCGCCGAGUCGCUUAACAAUCCUGCGUUUGGGGCCCUUACGUGUGAGCAGACGGAUGGGCGCGAGAUUGCAUGCGAAGCUCAAGCUGGACAGUGCAUUGGCGAUGAUGAGAAUAAGAUAUGUUCUCCUCUUCCGGGGACGUAUGAUCAGUUCUAUUAUUUUAGGGGAAACUUUAAUGGGAUUUAUCUCGCUUUUGGGUCUGCUGUCAAUACUGAUGAGAACCAGCACGCUGUUGAGCUCAAGGCCAGACGAAGCGACACAUGA